AUGCGCGAGCACUGGAAACAGCGGCGGCUCUCGCUCGAGACCAACAAGCGCAAGUCGGCGGCGCUGUCGCAUCGACAACUCUUGCCCAAGCACAGGACGCGAAAACGACCGUCUUCAUCCAGCUCCAACUCCACCGUCAAGGAGCAGCCUGCGACCAGCUCGGACAGCGACGCCAUCUCCGGAGGUGUCCUGUCCACGUUGAAGCAUGAGGCCACGGGCAAGGCUUUGGAACGUUCUGCAGGCUCUAGCUCUCGUUCGUCGGCUCGGGGGGACUCGGAGGAAGCAUUUCCGAUCGAUGGUAUUCCGACGCAGAUAUACGCCGCCAUGGACCGGGCGUUAACAGGAGCGCGGUUCGACCCUUUCGAGACAUUCCCCGUGCGGCUUACCGCGCAGCAUCACAAGCUGCUCCAUCACUGGUUCAGCACCUAUGCGGCUAUGAUGUUCGAAGACCUACCGGCCGCGACAUUCAACCCCGUACGCGAUGUGUGGUUCCCGCUCGAUGUCUCCAACGCCGCCUCGUUCAACGUCGUCCUGGCCCACUCGGCGGCACAUAUCGCACGAAUGCACGGGUACACGACGUCCAACGAAGCGCUCAAGUUCAAAAUGGAGGCGAUUCGGAUCGUGGCGUCGUGGAUGGACGAUCCGCAACAAGCGCUGAGUGACGAGAGGCAUUGGGGAACCGAACACGAGUGGAAAGUACACCGACACGGGCUGCAGCAGAUGAUAGAGGCACGGGGCGGCAUAGCGUCGCUGCAAACGAACUGGAGGUUAGAGCUGGCAACAUUUCUUGUACUGCUCAUGGCCAAGCCUUCAUGGCUCGACAGUUCGAAUCACAUCCGCGAGAUUGCCUCCAGACAGCCCCUGACGGCACACUUACACCCUAUACUGGGCAACAGCGAGAAUCUACACAAAGUGCGGUGUCUCUGGUUGAUAUCUUUUGUCCAAGAUUUACGAACAUUCAUGCACAAAUCCGCGCCGCACCUCCCGCUCAUCGGCGCCGCCGACUAUCCCGCGAUCCGAGAGGCCAUGGUGCUGCUUGAGACGGACUUUCAGCAGCACGCCAUUGCGUCUCUAUACAACAAGAAUUGCACACAUCGCGAGUUCGCACGCCUAGCGUGUCUCUUCUUCGUGUGCGUCCUUCUUCAGGUGUCGGCCUCCGCGCAGUGGGCCAUUGCAGCCGAUGGGAACGAAGACACACCCAUGGACAACUGGAACAGCAUGGACGUGCUCGAAUCAUUCCUCAAGGACAACCGGACUAUGUGGCAGGGGAGCGCCGAGAACCUAUACAUGUCCUUGUUCCACAACCUAUACGACUUUCCCGACAAGGCGCAGACGACCGAGUAUGUCCUGAACCUGACGAGCGUUAUGGGCUCCGCGAACCACGACGCGCGGAGGGGCGUUGAGAGGUGUUUGCUGCAUAUUCUUUCUCAGUCGCAGAGCAGUCCCCACGAGCGGACCGUGCAUGACGGCUGGACUCCCGAUACUUUACUUUCCUCCUUGCAUGGCUUGUAG